CGGACGCGUGCUUUAAUUUUUCGUUUUAAUUGGUUUUGCACUGAAUUUCUUAUCGUGUCAAAGUUUUAAAGACGUGUUAUUCAAGUGAAAAACCGUGAUUGUUGAAUAAUUGUGAAAUUAAAAGGGAUUGCUUCUAUUAAAAGUUUAAAAAUGACGUACCAAACGUGCAUCUUGGACGUGAUGCCGACGGCGCGGUGCGAGCGCGUGCCGCCCACUGGCGCCACUAAAUGGGGAGCUAUAGACCUCACUUCGCUUCAGGAGGACGACCUUCCCUUAGACCCGCGCACUUGGAACCGCUCCGAGGUGGCGUCGUGGGUGUCCCGCCGCGGCGGCCUGCCCGAAAGGUUCCCCAUGAACGGGAAGGCGCUGUGCCUCAUGAACAGGGACAUGUUCGUCGCCAGGGUGCCGCAUGGGGGACACCACUUGCACCAGGAGUUCACAAGACGACUGGCCAAAGCGUUGGCCUUCCAAGACCUGAUCGACAAACUAUCCAAAACUAAAUGAAUUUCAUCUUUACAACUCACUGCCAAUCGAUAACGUUCCACUGCUGGGCACAUGUGCUAUCUACGAAAGAGUUUCACCAUACAAUUAUAGAUAUUUAAGCCAUCGUUCACGGUGCACCGACCGACAUGGUUCCACUUUGUCUGGAUUUAACUACACCACAGGCUUGGCGAGUGAAGUCGGAAUCCUCAACGGUGGCGCUCGCAUUCUCAGACGAAGGUCACACCUGGCUUGUCAGCCGUUGCACUCCAUGGUAUAUGUGAUGGAUCCAGCUCUGGAAUCCAACCUUGUAUUUGCAACGUCUCUCGUUAUAGUAAAUAAGUUCCUAAAUAUUAGAAAACGCAAAUUAAUAUUUUGUUUGUAUAUGUUUGAAUUUACUGGUAUUUUAAUUACGUACCUAUAUAGUGAAUUGGUUUUGGCGCCAUUUUUUGUCAAAUUAUUAUUAUUUUUUAUUAAAUCUUAUUUAAAAUUGAUGUAAAGUGCACGAUGUCAAAUAGAUACGGCCUUUCGACAUUUUGCCGAAUUUCAAAUAACUUCUAGCCACAGCAAGAGCGUGUCUUCAAGAGUCGGAUUAUCUUCUCGCAGCCCUUUCCGUGAAGUCGCGUCGCGAUGGCAAUGUUUUCGCUCACCUUGUACGCGUGUUAUAAAAUAGAUUUAGCUUUUUGUAAUAUAUCUAGUCAGACUGUGUAAAUAAAGUAUCUUAGAGCUA